CGCUCCGAAAUGAAACCAAACAAGUCCGCUCCGUAACCGGUACAUAUGUGUGUACGCACGAGCGCGAGCUAACCUAUCCGCGACGUGCCAAUGUCGAUUUAAAGGAGGGCUCAGUCUCCGCUGCGAGCGCGACAUGACGAGCGAGUUUAUCUGUCCGGUUGGGAGACGUUGACCCGCGAGGAUGCUCGUCGGCCCGUCAUCGUCGCGCCUUGCUGCACAAACCUGAUAUUUCUAUUUCGAGUCGUCCCCAUGCGUUAAUCGUUUAUUUAUAAACGUCGCCGUGCUUCUCCAACUGACGUUUGUCGCGGGGCCCUCGCGCACUCUCGCGUUGUAAAAUGUGCUGAGCUUCGUUGCCCCCCCCCCCUCUCUCUCUCUUCGUCCCGUUGUUUUUUCUUUCCUUCCAUUUUCGUUGUGUACAAAUUAUGGACGAGGUUUGGUUCCACCUCUCGAAUCAGUUCGAGACGUUGCAGGUAAUCCGAUUCUCCUCAGAUCUCCCCGCGCCUGCCCCGACGUGCUUGCUUUAUGUUCAGGCAUCGGUAGCGGCGCAACAGGGACAGCAGUGGUGCGCGGCAUGGCUGGCCCAGUUGCGACAGUUGAUCCUGCAGCUUUGCGACGAGCAGCACGCACGGUACGCCAAGGACAUCGUGCUGCGCGUGGCUGCCUCCGUGCAGAGAGGGUGGCAAGAGGUUCAGUUUCAAUAUUACAGUACUCAAUGGCACACGGUAGACUUUUACCGCCAGUUAGGGGCCUUGUGCGCCAGCAAAGUGUCGAGGAGAGAAGCGAUGUUUUGCCUGACUGGCCUGAUGAUCGGAACCGCGACGGGCUACUACAUCGGCGUAAAUUGGAAACCCGCCUCUCGACACGUACAUUAUAUAAAAACUGUUGCGUGCCAUCAUUACUACGGUAUCGAGGGUGUGUUGAUGGUAGACGAUUCCGAAAUGCCGACGAUUAAGAAAUCGAACGAACUGCUUAUACAAGUUAAGGCCGCCUCGCUUAAUGUUAUCGAUACGAAGAUAUGCUCCGGUUACUCUAGGAUUUAUAGAAGAUUACUGAAUUCGGGAAAACAGAAAGAACUGCCUGUAACUUUAGGGCGGGAUUGCGCGGGGGUGGUAGUCGACAUUGGUCAAGGCGUUGCCAACUUCGACAUCGGAGACGAGGUGUUCUUAGCCGUGCCGUCGUGGGCUUCCGGCACGAUGGCGGAAUAUAUCAUUGUUCCAGAGACGCAAGUAGCAAAACGGCCUAAAUCGUGUAACUUCGAAGCCUCCGCCAGCUUACCGUACAACGGUUGCCUGGCGUGGGACGCUUUAGUUAACAGAUCCGUCAUCAAGGAAGGCAACGCCAAAGGGAAACGAGUUCUCGUUUUUGGCGGAAGCACUCCGAUCGGUUGUAUCUUGACGCAAUUAAUUAAGUUAUGGGGCGGAUAUGUAGUAACCGCUUGCCGAACGGACGCCGUGCCUGUGAUGAAGGCAUUGGGUGCCGACGAAGUUAUAGUAAUAAACGAAACCGACGUCGAGAAGGAAUUACAAUUGCACGAUAAGUACGAUGCGAUCUUUUAUACUGAUACUCAGCCUUUUCAAGAAUAUAUUUUAAAGAAACACUUAUUGCCUCAUGGCUCCUAUGUCUCAACUGUCCCCGAGCAAUUGACGUCGGACUCGCUGGGAUUUAUUUGUGGGAGUAUAUUUGCUGGCUGUGUCAGGAUAAAAUUAUUGGUUCAGUACAUGUUCGGAUUUAACAUGCAUCAAUGGAAGGAGGGGGCGAAGCUGAACGUCACGUAUUUACGAGCGUUGUGCGAGCUGACCGAUGGGAAUCAUUUGCAAACGGUUGUGGACAGGGUGUAUGCGCCAUACAAUAUCGAGCGAGCGUUGCACCACGUCUUAGAUCCGAACUCUAUUGGUAGUACGAUUAUAACGUUUCAGUGACAAUGUCGUUGGAAGAAAUUUAUAUCGCGACUACGUAUAUUUUGUAUAUAACAGUGUAUAAUUUCGGCGGGUAAUCACUGCCGUAUACUGUUAAUAAACAUUUUUCAUCAUUGCUUACCGAGAAA